AUGCCCGCACCGUCCAAGCAGCCCAUUUCUGGCCUCAAAUCCAUCAAACGCGACUUCUCCUCUGCCCCUCUCCCCUCUGCCAGCCAGAACUCCUCCCUCAGCGCUUCCGACGCGUCCGCAAUCCCCUGGACGCCCUCUCCUCCCCAGCAACAGCUCCCUGGCAUGGCACAGCGCCUGAAAGACAUCCAGGACGCGCUCAGCGGCCACGCCGUCGCGUCCGAGAAGACGCUUUCGGGCACUUCGUCCGCGUCGAGCUCGCAAGCGUUCAGAGGCGGGCCACCUGGGAGCCUGAAGCGGUCGGCCCCGUCCCAGGACCCACCGGCGAAACGCCGUCAGCUACCUCCUAACUGGAGCGAAAAUACCGAGUCUACUACGUCGCGCACGUUCGGGUCGUCGCGCGUGGCCAACGCGCCACUCGUCGUCUCUGCGGCUUCCUCGGGUGCCGUCGCUAAACCUGCACCCGUGUUUUUGAGUCAGGAGCAGCAGCAUAUCUUGAAACUUGUGCAGGACGGACAGAGUGUGUUCUACACUGGCAGCGCUGGAACUGGAAAAUCUGUGCUUUUGCGCGAGAUCAUCAAGACGAUGAAGAAGAAGCAUCCGAGGGCCAUUGAUGCAGUCGCUGUUACCGCCUCAACUGGUAUCGCCGCGUGCAAUAUCGGCGGCAUCACGAUCCACUCAUUUGCGGGCAUCGGCCUGGGGCGCGAGAGUGCGGAGCAACUCGCGACGAAGAUCAGGAAAAACAAGAAGGCGACCGGCCGCUGGCUGCGUACGCAGGUGCUCAUCAUCGACGAGGUGUCGAUGGUGGAGGGCGAACUGUUCGACAAGCUCGCACGCAUCGGGAGCAUCAUCCGCAAGCGCGUAGAGCCCUUCGGCGGUAUCCAGGUCAUUGUCACGGGAGACUUCUUCCAGCUGCCGCCCGUGACGAAGAGCACGGGGGUCAAGUUCGCGUUCGAGGCGGAAUUGUGGGGCCAGACGAUCAAGAAGACGUUCAAUCUCACGCGUGUGUUCCGCCAGAAAGACCCUGAGUUUGUCAGCAUGCUGAACGAGAUGCGCUUGGGGUGCCUCUCGGACGAGUCCAUUAAAAAGUUCAAGAGGCUGGAACGGGAAAUCAUCUACGAAGACGGGCUGGGCGCGACCGAGCUGUACGUGUUCCGUGCUUCCGUGCUGUCGCAUUCGGCCAACUGCCCCGCGCGUAUCGUUUUAUUAGCUUCCCCCGCCGCGAAGAGGUGGACCAGUCGAACGUGA